AUGGCAGAAAUUGAUCUCCAGGCCAUCCACGAUGAGAUGGUCGCCGUCGCCUACCAGGCUGGUGUCAUGAUCCUCGCUGCCAACCCGGCCGACAUUGACACCGACACCAAGCUCAACUCCGUCGACAUCGUCACCGAGACCGACAAGGGCGUCGAGGCCAUGGUCUCGGCCCGUCUGUCCACCGCCUUCCCCGACAUUUCCUUCAUGGGCGAGGAGACGUACAAGCCCGGCAUGAAGAUCGGCCCGGAGCCCACCUUCGUCUGCGACCCCAUCGACGGCACCACCAACUUUGUGCAUUCCUUCCCGUCGGCCUGCAUCUCGCUCGGCCUCGCCGUCGACCGCCACCCGGCCAUCGGCGUCAUCUACAACCCCUGGCAGGACCUGCUCUACACGGCCAUCCGCGGCAAGGGCGCCUACCUGACGCGUGCUCGCGGCGCCGAGCCCCAGCGCCUCCCGUUGGCAAAGUCGCCCCGGCCGCUCGAAGGCCUCGGAAGCUCGCUCGUUGCCGUUGAGUGGGGGUCGACCCGCGACGGCCCCAACUUCGACCUCAAGGUCGAUGUCUUCCGCCGCCUGGCCGGCACCCGCGAAACGGGCGGUUCCAUGGUCCACUCGCUGCGCUCGCUCGGCUCUGCCGCCCUCAACAUCGCCGCCGUCGCCGCCGGCCAGGUCGAUAUGUACUGGGAGGGUGGCUGCUGGGCCUGGGACGUCUGCGCCGGCUGGUGUCUGCUCGAGGAGGCUGGCGGCCGCAUGGUCCACGGCAACCCGGGCAACUGGGACCCGGAGCUCGAGGCCCGCAUCUACCUCGCUGUGCGUGGGGCGCCGAGCGGCCAGAAAGAGAUUGUCGAGGAGUUCUGGAAGGUCAUGGGAGAUGGCAAGCUGGACUACUCGGUCUAA